CUGAUCGGACCUCUGCCUAUCUCCAAAGGAUAUCGGUACUGCUUAACUGUUGUUGACCGGUUUACACGAUGGCCGGAAGUGAUGCCACUAGAAGACAUAAAAGCUGAAACCGUAGCCAACGCAUUCGUCAGAGGUUGGAUAUCACGAUUUGGCUGCCCUCUAAAGAUAACUACAGAUAGAGGCAAGCAAUUUGAGUAUUACCUUUUUAAAGAGCUUUCUAAAUUAACAGGCGCACAUUACAUCACCACCACUGCUUAUCACCCGGCAGCAAACGGACUCGUGGAGCGGUUCCACCGGCAGCUGAAAGCAGCCAUCAUGUGUCAUGCUGAGCAAAGUUGGUAUGAAAUCCUUCCAUUAAUUCUUCUCGGAAUACGGAGUUCAUGGAAAGAAGAUAUCGCAUCCUCGUCGGCAGAGCUCGUAUAUGGCGAGGCUAUAAGAUUACCAGGCGAUUUUUUCGACUCUACUCCCACAGCAGUCGUAGAUUAUAAUGACUUCCUAUCACGAUUACGACACUAUAUUCAAAACUUAAAGCCGACACAGGUAACACGACAUGGUUCAACAAAAGUUUUCGUACACAAAGACCUACGUAAAUCAUCACACGUGUUUCUAAGACACGACACCAUAAAAAAAGCUUUACAGCCACCUUACGCUGGACCUUUUAGAGUGGUAGAACGUAGUGAUAAAACAUUUAAAAUUGAUCUUAAUGGUAAAAUCACAACUGUUUCCAUUGACAGACUGAAGCCUGCUUACCUGCUUACCGACACACCAGAGAGCUCGCAGAAGAGUAAGCUGUGUCCACCAGAAGAACCUCCCUCCUACACCACCAGAUCCGGCAGAAGAGUGAGGUUCGCUAAUUUCUAUCGACCGUAA